UGAAGUUUACAUAGGAGUCGUGCAACCUUCUUGUGGAAUGCCUCUAGUACCUCUGGACAUUUCUCGAAAUGGGCGGUGGGUUCCCAAGAAUUGUGCCGAGGAAAGUAGUAGGCCGAUAUUGUAGUCUAUCAACAAACCGACAACGAGUGCACUCUGUCACCGUCACUAAGAAGCGUUGCUCCACUUGCUUGCUGAUGCGGCGAUGCGGGGGCGGUUCGGAGCCGGCAUCUGCGGUUUCAAGCUUCAGGGACUUGCUCCGAGACGAAUCUGAUUGGGCAGAGAGCUGGGAUGGAGGAAAUGGGAAUCGGCACGGGCGUGAAGGAGGCACCUAGGGGAAUGAUUACAUCCUAUGAGUGCGGU